CAAAACAGUACCUACAAAGCCUGCGGGUCGUCGUCGCAGCCGUGCUCCUCGUCAUUUUUAGUUGAGUCCCCGAGAGAGAUUACCACAGCCCGGCAGGCUCGGAAGUCAACGCUCGAAGAUGCGGCUGUUUCUACUGCUGCUGCUGGUAGCUCUAGCAGUGGGUGCUUAUCAAAAGGUUGACCAAAAUGAGAGGCUGGACCAAGACGCCCCAGACUUGACAGCCGAAGACAUAGCUCUUGACAGGUACGAGAGGGAGGUCAAAACGGACAAACGAAACAUGGAGAAGGAGCAGGCCAACGAGGCAAACAAUAAGCCAAGGUUAACUGUGAAGGGAGCUAAAUACGCGAAGAACGGAAUUAGUGACAAGAAAAGCGAAAGAGGAGAGAAAGAGAGAAGACCAAAGCAAGUGGAAAAGAUGAACAAGAUAAAGAAAAUGCAAGAGAAAAAGCGAGAAGAAUCUGAACCGAGAGACGGGGGAAAAAGGACACAAAGACAAAAUUCAAAUGACAACAAACGCAGACAACAGAAGAAAUCCAACAGGCAGAAAGGACAGCAAAAGCAUAGGAAAGAAGACAAGGAGAGCAAGGAGGUUAAAAAACACUCGAGAAAUAAGGAUACGAAGAAAGACGAGAAAAAAAAUAAUGACAAGGGAGACAAGGACGAUGGAGAAAAGAAAGAGGUAAACAGGGGCAACGGAGCAAGGAACGAUAAAGACGAGGAGAAUGGCAAGGGAAAUAGGAAAUACAAGAAAGACCAAAGCAAGAAAUAUAAUAAAGACAAGAAACGAAGGGGAAAUCAAGACAAGGAUAGGAAAAAUCUGAAGAAGGAUGGGAAAAAUCAAAACAAGGAUAGGAAAAAUCUGAAAAAGGAUGGGACAAAUCAAAACAAGGAUAGGAAAAAUCUGAAAAAGGAUGGGAAAAAUCAAAACAAGGAGAGGAAAAAUCUAAAGAAGGAUAGGAGAAAUCAAAACAAACUAAAGAAAGUUAGCGAAGAGAUUCGAGGAAAGGACGCCAAAAAGGAAAAUAAACCUGAAGAGAAUGUCAUUAAGAACCGAAAUCUUCAUGAAAAAAAAUCUGGAAAGUCCCCACGACCACCAAGUGUUUCGAAGAACAUGGAACUCGGCUUAAGGAACACGGGGAGUAUUGACAUUCAAGAAGUAUGUGAUGGGAAAAUCGUCCUGGGAUACGGGGAAUCUAUUGUUAUCUACACCGACAAUAACCGCCAGAAGGAAAAAUGCAAAAACAAGAUUAAAACUCCUAAAGGCACCGAGAUUGGUUUCUUCUGCCCAUUCUUUGACCUGAACAGCAAAGGGUGUAAGAAGGAGCGCCUGAAGUUCCGCGGCAAAGUCAACGGCAAGAAGCAAAGUAAAAAGUACUGCCAACAAGAUGCCCCAGAUGGCGUCAUCGUCUCCACUAAUAAAUUGACCAUGGAAUUCAAACGAAAAGAAUUUAAUUCAAAUGAGUUCUCUGGCGGAUUCUUGUGUGAGAUCUACACUGUAGGAGAUGCUCCAACAACAGUUGCUCCACCGACUUCAGCUCCUCCGUCACCAACUACAGCUCCUCCAUCACCAACUACAGCUCCACCUCCAUCACCAACUACAGCUCCUCCAUCACCAACUACAGCUCCCCCAUCACCAACUACAGCUCCACCACCAUUACCAACUACAGCUCCCCCAUCACCAACUACAGCUCCACCUCCAUCACCAAAUACAGGUCCUCCAUCACCAACUACAGCUCCACCUCCAUCCCCAACCACAGCUCCACCACCAUUACCAACUACAGCUCCCCCAUCACCAACUACAGCUCCACCUCCAUCACCAAAUACAGCUCCUCCAUCACCAACUACAGCUCCACCUCCAUCACCAACUACAGCUCCACCACCAUCACCAACUACAGCUCCACCACCAUCACCAACUACAGCUCCCCCAUCACCAACUACAGCUCCACCUCCAUCACCAACUACAGCUCCACCUCCAUCACCAACUACAGCACCUCCAUCACCAACUACAGCUCCUCCAGGAACGACCACUUGCGGUAUCACCAGAGCAUACUGUGAUGGUUGCGGGGUAGCACCAAUUUCCGUCGGGAGCACGAGGAUUGUCAACGGAACGGAGGCGUCAGUGGGCGAGUACCCUUACCAGGUGGCGGUGAUACCCACCAUCGCCGGCAGACAGUAUCAGUGUGGAGGUUCAAUCAUUAAGGAGAGGUGGAUCCUUACUGCUGCCCAUUGCUUUUACGACACAAGCAACAACAAAGCGACAAGUGUCGACAUUGUUUACGGCACCAUCAAUAUCAACGGCGGCGGCACAACCGUGACGGCUUCGAGGUUCAUCGACCAUCCAGGAUACGACUCGAAUACAAAUGCCAACGACAUCGCGCUGGUGGAACUGCCGCAACCUCUGAAUUAUGCGACUGACCCCAAUAUCCAACCGAUCUGCUUGGGACUGGAAGAGGACAUACCGUACGGAGGCAAGGCGGUGGCAUCGGGAUGGGGAGCACUGUCGUUUGGUGGAUCAUCACCUAGCGUCCUGAGGGAAGUAGAGUUAGAUAUCAUCACAAUAAACGAGUGCCAGCAGAAGGCUUCUUUACCACCAGACACAAACUCGGUUGUAUGUGCUCUGACUCUCUUUAAGGAUACCUGCCAGGGUGACAGCGGUGGUCCUCUUGUUGCGAAACUUUGCGACGGCACCUGGGCUCAAAUUGGAGUUGUCAGCUAUGGUUUCCGGUGUGCCGUCCCAGACAACCCUGGUGUGUACACCCGUGUGUCUGCUUUCGCUAACUGGAUCUCAGAGAACACUGGAGGCAGCAGCUGUAGUUCUACCCUGACACUUAACGCAGAGCUUGAUAACCGUGCAAAAGAGAGGGAAGCAGUGAACGAAGCGAAAAAUGAAGUAGUUAGAAUUGGACAAGAACUAGAUGGUCUUGAAACUACACUGAACGCUGCCAGUGGAAGACGCCGUAGACGCAGAAAUCUCAGUCUGCUGCAGGAAUUGUUCACUGCACUAACUAACUUGGGCAGCAUUAUGUUAAGCAGGGACGUCCAGAGAAUUAACUCCCUAUCAAGCGAACUGGCAGCUCUCAGAAGCAGACUUGUUGUAUUCACUGCAGAAGUUGCUGCAGGUGCAUCAGGACUCGAUGUACCAGCGUUGUUGGGCAGUGUUGGAAGUGCUAAGCAAACGGCUCAAAAUGUCACUGAGGUGGCUCGGCAAGAACUAGCAGUUCUUGAGGAUGCAAUUCAAAUUAUUGUUGUGGAAUUUGAAAACAGCGGUAGCACCGUCCCACCUUUGCCAUCUCUUGAGCCUGAACCUACUAUCAAGCCAACUGCAUCUCCCACAACUCCACCUCCUACAUCUCCACCUGCUACAAACCCACCUUUAACAACGCCACCUGCUACAGCUUCACCGUUAACAACUCCACCCCCAACAACUCCGCCUCCAACAACUCCACCCCCAACAACUCCACCUCCAACAACUCCACCUCCAACAACUCCACCUUCAACAACUCCACCUUCAACAACUAUACCUCCAACAACUCCACCUUCAACAACUAUACCUCCAACAACUCCACCUUCAACAACUCUACCUCCAACAACUCCACCUCCAACAUCUAUACUUCCUACAAAUUCAACAGAAGCGACGGCAUGUUCCGUAACAAGAAAAUAUUGCGAGGACUGCGGCGUGGCAACUGUCAGUGUUGCCGACUCGAGGAUCGUUGGCGGCGCAGACGCAUCGUCCGGGGAAUUCCCUUGGCAAGUCGGACUCGCUACCGAAUUUCCGAGUGGGGGGAGUGCGUGUGGGGGAUCUCUUAUCAAGGAUAAUUGGGUCCUGUCGGCUGCCCACUGCUUCUUUGAUGACAAUGGAGAUGCGGCGACCUCAGUGGUGGUUCAGUACGGAUCAAUAAAUCUUGCAACUGCAAAAGAAGUCACAGCAGUGAGAUACAUUACACAUGAGAAUUACGAUGCCUCGUCUUUCCUGCAUGACAUUGCUCUGGUUGAGCUUCCCCAAGCUCUCGACUACGCGAACGACCCCAACGUUCAACCAAUAUGCCUGGGAGAGGAGGAGGACUAUAACUUCGGAGGCAAAGUGGUAGCGACAGGAUGGGGCUAUCUCAGUUUUGACACAAAGGAAGACCCAGAGAUCCUCCAGGAAGUGAUGCUGGACCUGAUCACGACAGAGCAGUGUAAGACGAUGGAGGACCUUCCUUCGGACACCUCCGUUAUCUGUGCUCUCACUCCUAGCAAGGACACGUGUUCGGGUGAUAGCGGCGGCCCCCUCUUCACCCAGCUGUGCGACGGCCGAUGGGCGCAGCUGGGGAUAGUCAGCUACGGCUUUGAGUGCGCCCGACCCUCGAAACCCGGAGUGUACACCAAAGUGUCUGCUUAUUUCGACUGGAUUGAGACCAACUCUGGUGAAGUAUCAACUGCUGCAACACCGAGAACCUCCCCUGCAGUACUUACAAUUUCAAUGGCGAUUCCAACAACUACAGCGCCUCCACCUGUGGUAUCUACAACAGCACCUCCGAUAACGUCUACAAUACCUACAACCGCUAUAUCACCAGUAACAUCUGUAGCACCUAUAAAAACGUCUACAGUAGCAACAGCCUUUGCUGAGCCUACAUCUACUACAACUGCAACCUCGGCAACGCCUGCGCCAACCUCUACAGAACCUUCAUCCCUUCAAACAUCUACAGAAAUUUCAACAGAUUCAAGCUCUGUAAUAUUUAUAGAAAAUUCAUCAGUAACUACAACAACCAUGACAGAAAGCUCAAGCUCAUGUUUCUUGACAAGAACAUAUUACGAGGACUGCGGUGUGGCACCUGUCAAUGUUGCCAGCUCGAGGAUCGUUGGCGGCGCUGACGCAUCGUCCGGGGAAUUCCCUUGGCAAGUCGGACUCAAGAUCGAAUUUCUGAGUGAGGGAAAUGCGUGUGGGGGAUCUCUUAUCAAGAGCAAUUGGGUCCUGUCGGCUGCCCACUGCUUCUUUGAUAAUAAUGGAGAUGCGGCGACCUCAGUGGUGGUUCAGUACGGAUCAAUAAAUCUUGCAACUGCAAAAGAAGUACCAGCAGUCAGAUAUAUUACACAUGAGAAUUACGAUGCCUCGUCUGCCUUGCAUGACAUCGCUUUGGUUGAGCUUCCCCAAGUUCUCGACUACGCGAAUGACCCCAACGUUCAACCAAUAUGCCUGGGAGAGGAGGAGGACUAUAACUUCGGAGGCAAAGUGGUAGCGACAGGAUGGGGCUAUCUCAGUUAUGAUACGAUGGAAACCCCAGAGAUCCUUCAGGAGGUGAUGCUGGACUUGAUCACGACAGAGGACUGUAAAACGAUGGAGACCCUUCCUUCGGACACCUCCGUCAUCUGCGCCCUCACCACAAACAAGGACACAUGUUCGGGAGACAGUGGCGGCCCCCUCUUCACCCAGCUGUGCGACGGCCGGUGGGCGCAGCUAGGGAUAGUCAGCUACGGCUUUGAGUGCGCCCGACCCUCGAAACCCGGAGUGUACACCAAAGUGUCUGCUUAUUUCGACUGGAUCGAGACCAACUCUGGCGAAUCAAGUUCUGCAACACCCACAGGGGAUUCAACAGAAUCAAGUUCUGCAACACCCACAGGGGAUUCAACAGAAUUAAGCUCUGCAACACCCACAGGAGAUUCAACAGAGGCAAAUUCUGCAACACCCACAAGAAAUUCAACAGAAUCAAGUUCUGCAACACCCACAGGAGAUUCAACUGAAUCAAGCUUUGCAACACCCACAAGAGUAUCAACAGAAUCAAGCUUUGCGACACCAACAGGAGAUUUAACGGAAUCAAGUUCUGCAACACCCACAGGGAAUUCAACAGAAACAAGCUCUGCAGCACCCACAGGAGAUUCAACUGAAUCAACCUCUGCAACACCGACAGGAGAUUCAACAGAAUCAAGCUCUGCAACACCUACAGGAGAUUCAACAGAAUCAAGUUCUGCAACACCCACAGGGGAUUCAACAGAAUCAAGCUCUUUAACACCCACAGGAGAUUCAACAGAAUCAAGUUCUGCAACACCCACAGAGGAUUCAACAGAAUCUAGCUCUGUAACACCCACAGGAGAUUCAACAGAAUCAAGCUCUGCAACACCCACAGGAGAUUCAACAGAAUCAAGCUUUGUAAUACCCACAGGAGAUUCAACAGAAUCAAGCUCUGCAACACCCACAGGAGAUUCAACAGAAUAUAGCUCUGCAACACCCACAGAUUCAACUACAGUCAUAACAGAAAGUUCAAGCACAUGUUCUUUGACAAGGAAAUACUGCGAGGAUUGCGGUGUGGCAUCUGUCAGUGUUGCCAGCUCGAGGAUCGUUGGCGGCGCUGACGCAUCGUCCGGGGAAUUCCCUUGGCAAGUCGGGCUCAAGACUGAAUUUCUGAGUGGGGGAAGUGCGUGUGGAGGAUCUCUUAUCAAGAACAAUUGGGUCCUGUCGGCUGCCCACUGCUUCUUUGAUGACAAUGGAGAUGCGGCGACCUCAGUGGUGGUUCAGUACGGAUCAAUAAAUCUUGCAACUGCAAAAGAAGUCACAGCAGUCAGAUACAUCACACAUGAUAAUUACGAUGCCUCGUCUUUCUUGCAUGACAUAGCUUUGGUUGAGCUUCCCCAAGUUCUCGACUACGCGAAUGACCCCAACGUUCAACCAAUAUGCCUGGGAGAGGAGGAGGACUAUAACUUCGGAGGCAAAGUGGUAGCGACAGGAUGGGGCUAUCUCAGUUAUGAUACAAUGGAAACCCCAGAGAUCCUUCAGGAGGUGAUGCUGGACUUGAUCACGACAGAGGACUGUAAAACGAUGGAGACCCUUCCUUCGGACACCUCCGUCAUCUGCGCCCUCACCACAAACAAGGACACAUGUUCGGGAGACAGUGGCGGCCCCCUCUUCACCCAGCUGUGCGACGGCCGGUGGGCGCAGCUGGGGAUAGUCAGCUACGGCUUUGAGUGCGCCCGACCCUCGAAACCCGGAGUGUACACCAAAGUGUCUGCUUAUUUCGACUGGAUCGAGACCAACUCUGGCGGUACAAACUGUUCAUUAAUAUAGCUACAGCGGUGUACGUGUGUGAUUAGAUGUUUAUGUGUGUGUGUGUGUGUGUGUGUGUGUGCAUGCAUGCACUGCUGUACCUGAAUUAAACAUGAUGUUCACUGGCAUUAUGCUUUGGUGUAUUGGAUAAUGUUUUGCCGCUUCCCUCGAAGUAGAUCUCGCUGAAAUUGCCGAUGCAAAUUCUAGUUUAAAAAAAAUAAUAAAUGAAAUAAAAUCAAUUGCCUCUCUGUAGCUUUUUCUUUUACUUUCCUGAAAACCCACUUUGAGAUAGCAAUAUUAUUUACCACUUUCAUAUGAUGCCUGUGCUGUACGCUUGUCUCGCGAUAUUGCUAUCUCUCCCCAUCUCUCUCCCCUCUAUACCGUGUACAUAAGCACGUAUGGGCCCACGAGGCUGCUCUUGCCACGUGGCUGGAAGUCCAGAAAAGAACCACCGAGCCAGUUGGCGUCCCCAAGCUGGUGGCGUACCCACGCUCGCGUCUCGCUAUAUAUAAAUGGCCAAGGAUGACCCAAAUUUAGAAGGCCCGGGCGAAGCUAGAACUUCGCAAAUCAUUCCAAGCCAACCGACCCAGAGAGAGCAGAGACAGAGCAGAGUCAGUGCCCAGCGCUCGUCAAGAUAGGCCGCCCCCGGCCUACGGCUUCAGGGCGGGAGGGCUCAGGUCACUUCCGCCCCGCAGGGCUGACCGCGAACUUCCUGCACUCCGCGCUUACCCAAGACUUGUCUCGUGUGUUCUAUAUCUGUGUUGCUUGUACUCUUCAGAAUUAAAGACUAAGCCAU